AAAAAAAAAAAAAAAUGAAAAACACAAUCUUUCCUUAGAUUCCCUUCCAAAUAUCAUCAAUCCAUCCCAACAAUCCAAUCCUAUUGAAUUCAAUUCCGUUCCGCUCUUUCACUGAGUUAGUUAGUUAGUUACACACAGGCAGCACGCCAUACACACCACGUCAUAUGGCUCCGUAGGUUUUCUGAUUCUCCUUUGCUCUCUUUCAUAGGAAUUCCGAUUGGGUUAUGGAUUUCGGAGGAGGAGGAGGGACCCGGGUGAUCGGAGAUUACAUACUUGGACCUAAAAUCGGGUCGGGUUCCUUCGCGGUAGUGUGGCGUUCAAGGCACCGCAAAUCCGGCACGGUGGUGGCUGUUAAGGAGAUCGAUAAGAAGCAGCUGAGCCCCAAAGUGAGUGAGAAUCUGUUUAAAGAGAUUACUAUUCUCAGCACAAUCGAUCAUCCCAACAUCAUUCGACUCUUCGAAGCUAUUCAGACCAAGGACAGGAUUUACCUUGUGUUGGAGUAUUGUAGUGGUGGCGACCUUGCAGCUUACAUUCAUCGCCAUGGCAAAGUUUCUGAAGCCACUGCCAGGCACUUCAUGAUCCAAUUGGCUGCGGGGUUGCAGGUUCUUCAAGAGAAGAACCUCAUUCACAGAGAUUUGAAACCACAGAACUUACUAUUGGCAACUUCUGGAGCUACACCACUCAUGAAAAUAGGAGAUUUUGGUUUUGCAAGGUCUCUCACACCCCAGGGUUUGGCUGACACUCUGUGUGGUUCACCAUUAUACAUGGCUCCAGAGAUAAUUCAAAAUAAAAAAUAUGAUGCCAAGGCUGAUUUAUGGAGUGUAGGGGCAAUAUUGUUCCAACUAGUAACUGGGAAGCCACCAUUUGAUGGAAAUAGUCAACUGCAGCUUUUUCAAAACAUUUUGACAUCUAGCGAGCCGCAGUUUCCCCAAGAGGCUUUAAAAGAGCUACAUUCUGAUUGCUUGGAUCUUUGCAAAGGCCUUUUACGUCGAAAUCCAGUUGAGCGAUUAACUUUCAAGGAGUUCUUCAAUCACAAUUUCCUUCAGGAACCCAGGUUAAUCAUGCAUGUUGAGCAGUCUUUAUUGCAUCCAUCAGAGAGAUCCGUGGUUCAACACUUAGUUACCUCCACUUCAGACAUGUCUCAGUUGCAUUCUGGGCAUCAUGUUGAGUCAUUAGUAGAUGAUCCAGUUGUAGUCAAUUCAGUUCUCAAUGAUACUUUGGCACUGCAAAGAAAUACUGGGAAGAAAACAAUUGGCAUUCAGGCUGUUGAGACGCCUGUUUUUGGUUGUUCUCAUUUGUCAAAAGAACCUCAAGUUUCUCGUUUAAUGGAGUCCAUUGAAAAAGAUUAUGUCCUAGUCAAUCAUCAUUUUGCAUCAUUGGAAGCUUUCUCUGAGUACUUUGAGGCAUCUGUGCAAGAUAAUUCCACUUGCAAGGUUUCUAUUUGCUCUUCAAAGAGGACUAACAUGGAAACUGGUGUUCCAAUGCAAACAAACGAUCCAUCCCAUUGCCAUGCUGGUCAAUUAGAAGAUCCAAAAAGUGGUGAACCUGUGGCAUUAGUGGCAUCCCGUGCAUUUGAUGUCUUAAGUAAAAUGCAUGGAACUUCCUCGCUGAGCUCUUCAAACAGGCUAGAGUUAUUGCAUCUGUAUGUGCAGAUCCUUGCGGAGCUUUCAUGUGAAAAGUACAAUGCAAAAUUGUAUCUGGAAUCGUUUGCAGUUGAGUUAGUAGUUUUGGCUAUAUGGAAGAAAGCUCUAGACGUUUGUGAAUCUUGGAUGAAUAAGGGUGUGUUGCCUGCAAGUACUUUGGCCAAUGAAGCCAGAACUUCCUAUGGAGAUGUGGGUUCAUCACAAAACGUGGAAAAGAAAAUAAAUUUCUGUGAUCCUUUGUCAGUCUACAUGUGGGCAAAAGAGGGGUUUAUUGCUGCAGUUGAUAGUGCUCAGACACUGUCACGUCAUAUUCAAAAUAUGGAUGGAGAAGCUGAGAUGCCAGAUGCAAUGGAGAUCAUAUUCCAAGAAGCACUCCUAGUUGGUAAAAGUGGUGCUGUAGAUGAAUAUAUGGAGAACAGAGGUAGGGCAGCUGCAUCUUAUUCAAAAGCUAUGCUUCUGCUUUCCUUUAUUGUGGGGGAAGCAACGAACCUUCCAUUAAACCCACCAUUUUUGCUUACUGCUGCUAACGAGAAGCGAAUCCUACAAUAUAUUCACAAUUUGCAAUCCCAUCAAAAAUCUUCAUCAGAGUCUUCUCCCAAAGCAACCCAUAUUCUUUUGUCUGAGUAAAUAACCAGCUAUGUACAGUAGUCCUUACAUGGCCACUUGUUAUUUGUGGAUAAAGUGAAGCAAUUGUUGGUGGCGUCAAGGCUAACUUCUUAUUAUUGUGGCCUACUAAACUUUUGACAGAUACGUUAAGUGUAUAGAGAAAUAUAUGACCUACUAUGGCGUUGUAGAGGGACCUUGAUAUUUGCUUAAUUCCGUGUAUAUAAAUGUUCUUAAUUCUUUCAACGUGGAAAUUGUAAAUAGUCUAACAUGCAGUUCUGAACCAACUACAUGUGCAAUGUAUUCAAAUUGCUUUUGAGAAGGUGGAAUUAUAUUGCAGUUACUACGAUUUUGAAAUCUGUA